CCCCCCCCCUCUCUCGACUUCAUCACUCCGGCUCCACAUCUCUAUCUCUCUCGCGCUCGCUCCGUCACACAUCGGCGCCAGCGUAGAAGGACCUGAGUCCCGUCUUCUUUUCCUUCCCAGGCGCCAGAAAAACAUAAGAGUCAAAACAAGUGUACCGGGAGGCAAAUGAACGCAGAGAGCGAGAGCGGCAGGACGAGGACAUUCGGAAGAGGACAAGCGGCAUUUUUCCGCGCUCGCCGUCUCCUCCUCCUUCAUUCACUACCUGUACUCUGGGAUUAACACGACUUAAAUUUCAAUCAGCCUGCAGCCCGAGCAAAGAGCGGCAGACAGAGCGCCGCAGCUGUCCAGAGCAAGCCAGUCGAGGUGGGGGGGGCGGCGGACGGGGGAGAGAGAGAGCGAGCGAGAGUGACGGUGAAGAGGAGGGGAGAGACGAAGGGGGUUAGAGGGAGGGAGAGAGUGAUGGGUGUUGUUCCGCCGCCGAGUUGAGGGAGCGCCAGCGUGUCGCCGAGAUGGGGCUGUGACGGCUUCGCUGCUGGCAGGUGGAAUGGUUAGGAAAGCAAGGCCCCUCCCUGUCACGCCCUCUGGCCAAGGUCACCGAGUCGCCGGCUGCCAAAUGCGGCCAGGGGGAGGCCGAGCGGCGGCGCUCCCCGGAAGUCCUUCCAGGAACUAAGCGAGGAAGAGGAAGUCGACGCGUGAUGGGAUGGAGCCCAAGAGGAGGCGAUGAAUAAAUAAGCAAGGCGACGACGGCCGGGAUGCGCGACGAUGCGCAGGCCGGGAAGAGAGAAACGCCUCGCUGCCGUUUGGAUUCCAAUCCUGGCAGAACUCGAGCCGAACAAAUCGACAUCCAAGGCAGCCACGUAUCAAAAAGGCCUUUAAGAGGAUUUAAAGUAAAGUGGAUUCUUGGUUGCCCCCCCCUCGCUCUUUCUUCCUUCUUCAAACUGAGGUCCCCAUCUCGGAAUAACGGGCCAGGAUUGGGCGAGUAAUUCGGAAUUUUCCAGGUUCUCUCUCUCUUUCCCUCCCGCGGUCGAAGCUUAAGAGGAUAUUGUGGAAUUUCUCCAACCCGGAUUGGCUUUUCACGUAUCUUUCGAUGCGUGUGGCGAGAAGGGCACCGAGAACGGGUUUCAGACUUAAACACACAAAGCUUACUGGACCCCCCCCCCCUGAGCAGCACACAGCACCCGAGGCAGAUGUGAUGAACACACAAAACAACAACACACACUCAAACAAUGUCAAUAACCUGGUCAACAUGAGGAGCUGAUUCCAAUUGUUCAGCACAGACAGAAAAGGUCUGUGGAUAGCCAGGCUUUCUACCAUGCCUGCCCCCCCAACCCGAAACCCCAGCAGAGAGAAGCACCCGCCUCACACACGUCCCCGCCCUGAUCGACAGGCGAAGCAGCCCACCUUCCCCCCGUCCGUCUUCUCGCUUGCCGGCGCCCCUCAUCCGGUCUCACCUCUGUCCUCCUUAUCCCGGGAGAUCCCUUGCGUCUGCUUGGGAGGCUCGAGGAGAACACUCCCAAGCGGCGUCCAGUUCCCGGCUUUCCACUUUCUGACCUUGGUCACAUGUUGCCUGCUGCCCUCUCUGAUCGGAGCGGGGGAGACGUGGGGCGUGGUGUCGGCCUGUCCGUUCCACUGCGUGUGUCGGAACCUUUCCGAAUCGCUCAGCACGCUGUGCGCCGACAAGGGGCUCCUCUUCGUGCCGCCGUACGUCGACCGGCGGACCGUGGAGCUGCGGCUGGCUGACAAUUUCAUCACGGAAGUCGGAGGAUCGGACUUUGUCAACAUGAGCGGACUGGUUGAUUUGACUCUGUCGAGAAAUACCAUCCACCUGAUUCGACCGAUGGCCUUUGCUGAUCUGGAGAGUCUCCGUUCCUUGCAUCUGGACGGUAAUCGUUUAACAAUCGUGGGCCCCAGGGACCUGGCCGGGUUGGUGAACCUACAACAUCUGAUCGUCAACAACAAUCAGUUGGUCAAAGUGUCCGGGCAGGCCUUUGACGACUUCUUACUCACGCUGGAGGAUCUCGACAUGUCCUACAACAACCUUCGAAAGAUACCGUGGGAGUCCAUCCAGAACAUGGCCAGUCUGCACACUCUGAACCUGGACCACAACCUCAUAGACCACAUCGCGGCAGGAGUCUUUGGAGAGUUGUACAAGCUCGCCAGGCUUGAUAUGACCUCCAACCGGCUCAGGACUCUGCCACCUGACCCUCUCUUUGCAAGGUCCCAGACAGGCGCAAUAAGCCCCACCCCUUACAACGCUGUCAUUAGUCUGAAUUUCGGGGGGAAUCCGCUGCACUGCAACUGCGAACUGUUGUGGCUUCGACGGCUUAUCCGCCGUGAUGACAUGGAGACCUGCGCCACGCCGAUCCACUUGGCUGCAAGGUACUUCUGGUCGAUUCCCGAGGAGGAGUUUACGUGUGAGCCCCCCCUCAUCACCCGCCACACUCACAAGCUGUGGGUGCUGGAAGGCCAGCGGGCCACCCUGAAAUGCCGCUCCAUCGGCGACCCAGAGCCGGUGGUGCACUGGGUGUCGCCGGACGACCGCAUCAUUGCAAACUCAUCGCGGACCAGCUCGUUCAACAACGGCACUUUGGAUAUCUUGGUGACGGUGGCCCGGGACGACGGGGCGUACACGUGCAUCGCGAUAAACGCGGCGGGCGAAGCCACCGCCACUGUAGACCUGAAAAUAAUCCCCCUCCCUCACCGGGGUGGAGCAGGUGGAAAAAGCGGGAAUAACAACGGGAACAAUAAAAACAGGAACGUAACCAAUGGGAUUUUACGGAUUGAUCCGGGAUCCUCGGAUAUCAGCACGGGGAAAAAUAACGGCGCGGGGCGCGGCGGCGACGUAGAGGACGGAAAAAAAGACGAAGAAGGCGACUUCGGCGGGGAGCCCGAAGGGGAGAGAAUCGACGACGGGAUCGCCGAGGAUGACGAUGGGGACGAAGGAGACAGGAGGACGGUUGGAGUACAGGGAAUAACGUCCACCUCGGCUCAGGUCCGCUGGGAUUUGGGACGUUUGUCCGGAGCGUACGUUGUGUGGAUGUACCAGAUACAAUACAACUGCACGGCCGACGAGACCCUCAUCUACAGGAUCCUGCCGUCCACCAGUGACCGCUUCCUGCUGAAGAACUUGGUCUCGGGAGUGGAUUACAACUUGUGUGUGCUGGCCAUUUUCGAUGACUCCAUCACAGCGCUGGCGGCGACAAAAGUGCUGGGCUGCACCACGUUCUCCACCAAAGACGUUUACCCCGCCUGUAGCUCUCUGCAAGCUCACUUCCUGGGAGGAACGCUGACUAUCUUGGUCGGCGGCGUGGUGGUGGUGACCCUGCUGGUGUUCACCGUUGCGUUGAUGGUCCGCCAUCGCGUGUGCGAUCACUCCGACCACGUCCUGUGUCACAACGGCAACGCCGAGGCAGCGGUCGGGCUUUGCGGUCAGGGGGGAGGCGUGGCGGCGCGGGAUAAAGGAGGGGACGCCGGCGGGUGCUACCAGUCCAACGGCGCUGGCGACAUGAUGAUGGUGGUCCUACCUAAUGGUCUGCCGUCCAAGAGGACCGGGGAGGGCGAAAAGGACAAGGAAGCCGCAGAUUGCGCCUCCUCUCUGCCGCCGAAGCUCCCCCCGAAGCCGAGGUUCAAGCCAAAGGUCAACCUGGAGCAGUUUCUUUCGGCCGGGGGCGUGGUCUCCACCAUGGCGGGGGCGGGAGGGGAGAUGGCCUUGGUUGUGCGGCAGAGGAAGUCGGACCAAGCCCCGCCGUACGGCGCCGAGAGUAACAGAACUCUGCUGGACUAUCCGCCCUCCAUUUCGUCCACCCUGCCCCGGCAGUCACGCUUCAGGGAAGGGCCCAAACCCCGUCUGGAGCGAGAGCUGACCAACCGUGCCAGCUUUUCUCUGGCGGCGCCCCUGAGAGACUCCGAUAUGCUGGCCUGGAGGAUUACGUCCCCCGGCAGGGACAAAUGGAACUCCUCUCAGGCUUAUCAGAGCCCCAUUUCCCCUCUCAAGCCCGCCUGCGGGACGGUCAGCAAACGCCGCCACUCGCUGGACAUGGGCUCCCCCGUCGCCCUGGCGACCGACGCGGCGGCCGCCGUGGCCAAACGCUACGGUGCCAUCGGCUACGCCAAACGGCUGAGCGUGAUCUGGACCAGGCGGAGCCAGUCGCUCCACGGGAUGCUGGUGCAGUGCGCCUCCACCACCAGCACCGGCUCCUCCGCCACCAGCGACGAGGGCGAAGGCGCCGGGCCGUUCGGGGCGCCGUGCGACUUUCAACGCGGAUACAUCCACGCUUACAACACCACCAACUCCAACUCUAACAGCGGCAUCGCUACCGGGAGAGGAAGCGCUGGGAAAGAGAGAGUGAAACAGAAAGGCAAGGCCGGAAGAAGCGGCGAAGAGCUGGAGGAAAGCGUCGUGUAGAAUGUUGGCGGAAGGCAAAGACUGCAAAUGACAGAAGGAAGAUUGUAUCGUAACGAGAUAAAGAAAGGACAGAGAUUGAGUUCAAGAAGCAAACAAUCCAUACAGCCUUGAGAGUAAAAUAGCUGCGAGGUGUUCAUGGCAUUGAAAUCAACCACGCAAAAGUUCUCAGAUGACAAAACAAUCCGAGAGGGGAAGCGAGAACAAGGCCGAGAGCUCAGCGUGGAUCCGAGAAAAACCUCGACACUAAUCGAACUCGUCGCAUCCCACACAACAACGCAAAGGUUUGCGCUGGAUCAAGUACCAUCACAGAACUGGAUCAACACCCCACGGGUGGUUAGGUUUAGGGUUAGGGGGGGGAGUUCCAUGCGGCUGUACUUUGUCAAAGUGCUUAUGGGACUCAGCAAAACAACGAAUGUGACUUCUACACGUCCUCUGUGGCUGAACUUUGGCCAGCCAUGCCUUCGGAUUAUAGGAGCAUAAAUAGCGAGCUGUGCGCACCGGCCAUGAUCAAUCGAUGCGUGCCGGCGCGAGCGCGGCGGGGCACGGACGUUUAUUAAACCGCGCGGUCGAUAUGGAUUACAAAAUGGCGGCGGCGGCAUUGGAUGGAACUUUUUCGCCGGCGACGCGAAACCACGCUCUGCUGCUUCCGGCGUGCAUGCAAAGAAGGAUCACGGACAGGAUGUGUGUCAAUGUGCCUGUGUGUGUUUAUGUGAGGAGUUUUAGAGUUCGGCACCUCUGUUCCUGUUUUUUUUAUGUUUGUUUGUUUUUUCUUGCAACACACAGGAGUCUGUAAUUGAAAAAGCUUCAACACCACGAUCAAUCGAAUCACUAUUUCUGUGGCUUGGACUGAAACAUGUUUAAUGUGAGAUAAAUAUGAUGUUGUUUUGGGGUUUUUUCUUGUUAGUUCAUUUGUGCCACACAGAAUCUCCAUUGAAAUGGUGAAAGUAUUACAAGAUGGACGGAAUGAAAGACAAUAGAAGCCACAAAACUUGUUUGGACAAAAAAAAGAAAAAAAAAAAGUACAUAUAUGGUAUAUAAAUAUACUGUAUAUACACACACACACACACACACAUUGAAAUAAUUGUAUUUGUUGCACUAUGUGUUUCUCUUUGGAAUUUUCUGGGAAUGGUGUUAGGCCAAAAAAAAAAAAAAAAAAACAGCAAUAGCGAAAACGAAUCUGGUGACAAGAUCAAAAGCGCAAAACACGAAGCACAGACAGCGAUUCCUUUGAAAAGAAACUCUUGCAUAAAUGAUCCAUUUUAAACAUUA